UGAAGUUUGCUGCGCAGCGUCGUGACGUGGAACAUAACUGAAGUCCACCGGGUGCAGCAAGCUUCAGACUUUAAACUACAGUCAUGUCGUUUAUAAUCUAAUCUGACUGUUACAGAGCAGCAAGGCCAGCUCCCGCCCCGAGGCUGGAUCACAGCUUUCCUGCACAGACAGACAGAGAGACGCAGACCUGGGUGUCCUGGGAGAGGUGAUGAUGCUGCAGGAGCAGUCGGGAGACGGCGGCGGCCCCAGGUUCACUCCUCUGGUGGUGCUGGAGCUGGUCUCGGACAUCAAAGAGGAAGCUGUCGCAUGGCUGCUGAGCAGGAUAAGAGACCCACAACAGAAUGGAGGUGCUGAGCUGCUGGUGGAGCAGUUGGGCCCUGGAGUCGGGGCUCAGGAGAAGGAAAACCCCAACAUGUUCCUGGUGGGGGCCUCCAGACAGAGGCUGCUCUCUGGCGCUGAGGAUGCUGGUCUCUUUAAGGAGUUCAAUGAUGGAUCCAUGAGGGGCUUCACCUGCUCCAACAAACAUAACUUCAAAGACUUUCAAGGGGAUGGGGACAACUUCCUCAGUAUGGCGGAGUGUCAAUACAUCAUUAAACAUGAGCUGGAGACAUUACGAGCCAAAGACGAGACUCACGUACCGGGAUACACUCAGGCCAAGCUCUACCCUGGGAAAUCUAUCAUUCGCAGACUGCUGUCCAAAGGCAUCCUGAUCCAAGUGUUUCCUCUGCAUGAAAAGGAGGAACUUAAGAAACUUUGUUUUUCCUGGUACAAGAAGGUGAAGCUGUCUCUUCAGCCUCUUGAUGACAUCAGACACUACUACGGAGAGGGUCAAGCCCUCUACUUUGGCUUCCUGGAGUACUUCACCUUCGCCCUGGUGCCCAUGGCUCUCAUUGGGUUGCUUUAUUAUGUGUUUGACUGGGAGGAUUACGAUAAAUACGUCGUCUUUGCUAUGUUCAACGUGAUCUGGUGCACUGUUAUCCUGGAGUUAUGGAAGCGUUUCAGCGCCUCACUUGCCUACCAGUGGGGCACACUGAGCAGGAAGAAGGCGUUUGAAGAACCUCGGCCUGGUUUCCACGGCGUCCUCGGGUUCAACCCUGUGACGGGUCGUCAGGAGCCUCUCUACCCAAACGCCAAGAGGCAGCUCCGUAUAUACCUCGUGUCCCUGCCCUUCGUCCUGCUCUGCCUCUACCUGUCCCUCUACGUCAUGAUGAUCUACUUUCAGAUGGAAGGAUGGGCGCUGUCGGUCCACGAUGAGGACCCUACCUUCUGGACAGGAAUACUGUUGUUCAUCCCCAGUAUUAUCUAUGCUGUGGUCAUUGAGAUCAUGAACCUCAUCUACAGAUAUGCUGCUGAGUUCCUCACUGAGUGGGAAAAUCACAGGUUAGAGUCCUCAUAUCAGAAUCACUUGGUCCUCAAAGUGUUAGUAUUCAACUUCUUCAACUGCUUCGCCUCACUGUUUUACAUCGCCUUCGUAAUGCAAGACAUAGUGCUGCUCAGACAGAGUCUGGCCACCUUGUUGAUCACCAGUCAGAUCUUGAAUCAGUUCAUGGAGGCUUUCCUGCCUUACUGGCUCCAGAGGAGACGCAACAAGAAGAUGAUCCGUAAAAUCCGGAAGAGAAGAACCCUGGAGGACAAGGAGCUUCCUCUGGCCGAGCAGGUCCGACUGGAGGCCGACAUGAGCACGUACUUGGGUACAUUUGAUGACUAUCUGGAGCUGUUCCUGCUCUUCGGUUAUGUCAGUCUGUUCUCGUGCGUCUACCCUCUAUCCGCUGUCCUCGUGGUGUUGAACAACAUCACCGAGAUUUACUCCGAUGCCUUCAAGAUGUGCCGUGUGUUCAAACGACCCUUCUCGGACCCAGCAGCAAACAUAGGAGUCUGGCAGCUCGCCUUUGAGGCCAUGAGUGUGAUAGCCGUUGUGACCAACUGCGCACUCAUCGGCAUGUCUCCACAAGUCAAGGCUUAUUUCCCAGAGUCAGAGAUGCAGCUCAUACUGUGGACAGUGGCUAUUGAGCAUGGGCUGCUGGCCUUCAAGUUCAUCCUGACCUUCCUCAUCCCAGAUGUUCCCAAACACAUCCAGAUCAAACUGGCCCGUCUGGAGUUUGAAUCACUGGAGGCGCUCAAGAAAAAGAAAAUGCUUGAAGCCACGGAGUUCAGUAAGAGCGUCCAGUGAGGAGGAGAGGAGAGCGUACAGGUACUGAUGGACCCCAGCAGCCGCUUCACACAGCUUAAGACACGUUACUUUUGUCACGUUUAUGUGGCUGAUCUUUAUGCUCAUGUGUGCCGUUACAUCUGCAAUAUCUUUACUCCAUUAAGUGGGUGAGUUUACCGUAAAAACAGGGACAAACAGUUUGUUGUUCCAGUCUGGGAGCAGCAGAUGAUUGUUUUAAGUGCGUAGCUGUGUACCAAAUGUAUUAUGUUGGUCUCUAAAUGAAAUGUACUGUAAUGAGGUUUUGUUUUGGGGUGGUGUACACAGGGGAUAAAGGUGGGAUAUUUGGUCAAAGCCAGGUGUUAAAAUCACAGAGGAAUGCUGUAUACACGUUAUACUGUAGCAAAUGUUGAUUCAUAUAUAAAGCUGUUCAUGAAAGUAGUUUUCUGAUAUAUAUUAUAUUUGUUUUGUUCUUCAGCCACUGAAGUCACUUUGGGUUGGGUUUAAUCUGUACUGUGGUUUGGGAUUAUGCAAAAGUUUAAUUUUGUCCACCUACAAUUGUAAUUACUGUCGAGGUUUAAACAUACAGUAAACACACUUCACCAAAGCCUCCAUCUAAUAACCUGCUGGCUUUAAUGACACAAUAACAUCUGACAUCUAUCUCAGUACUGACGACAUCUUAUCAUCUGCUUAAGUUCUGCACUCCAAGUAUGGAAGUAAAGAAAGGACCUAAAGAUUUUAAUCUAAUACCUUUUAUUAUCUCUACUGAAUACUAAAUAUUGAAAUUUAAAUACCACUGAAUGUAUAGCACUGAAAUUCUUACUUUGAAAAUCAUCUAAAUUUAUGUGGAUUCCCAUUUUUGAAAAUUUUAGUGGAUAAUUUCAAGUUGUGAGACUUCACUUAUUCUUGUUUUUUUAGGGUUGAUAAAUUCAGACAAGAAGUUUCAAGGUUCUCAGAUCCAAUUGGUCAUUUCUGUGUCUAAGAAAUAAACAUCCUGGAUACCAAGGAAAAGUAAUCAGACCUCUGUUCUAUCAGUCAUAAGAUCCAAGACAGAGAAGUUCAGACACUUGUAUUUUCUAUGAAUUUGUGAAACAGGAAAAAAAAAAAGGUUUUGUUAUUGCAAAACUUGAAAUGACCUUCAAGAAAUGAUGGUUUGCAGAUGAAGUGGUUCUUAAAUGUCAAAACUAUUCAGUAGUGCUUACAUUUCACAAUUAUGUAAUCAGUUGCUGACAAGAUUCAAACUAUGGCACUUUUUUUUUUUCAUAUCCAACAGGUCAUGAUAAAUGUAUGUCUUAUCUUAGCAUGUAACGUGACCAGGGUAGUGGUAACUAUUAUCAUUUCAGUUUGUUACUUUCAGUGUAGAUGAAUAAUGAAGUUUUGAACCAUCCACUCUGUUAACACCCCUGGUGCCUUGAAAUGCAAAGCCUAUCUGAAUAUUUGUUUUUAUAUGCUCUACACACACAGUCCUCUGGUGUUUACACAACCAUGUAUUGAAACUGAUGUGAAGAAUAAAGUAGAAUGAAACAUAA